GACUGUGUUUCCCUUGCAGAGGCAGUCCAAACUGUAGUUUGGCAAUACAAAUCAGGGUGGAAAGGAUUGUGCAAGAUUAUCUGAGAAAAGGAAUAAGACAAAGUGUAUUGAUUAUUCAUGGACCAUUGUGAGUCCCUUUAGAUGUUUUCUGAAUUUGUUUAUGGCUUUAAGGAACAUUUUUGUAUCUUUUUCUUCCUGGGGAUGAAACAAAAGCUGUCUUAUACUCAAUAUACAUUUCAGAGGAUCAUAGACUUAGAGCUGCAAGGAACCUCACAGGUUGUCUAGUCCAACCUCUUCAUUUUGCACUUGAGGAAACAGAGACCUAAGAAGGGCAGGUUCUGGUCUUGAACAGCCCGAAGAAAGACUGUAACUUGGAGAUGACAUGACAAUGGUACCUGUUCAAAACGCGGAGGAGCCUGGCCAGCAAUGCCAGAAAAUGAGAGCGGCUGAGAGUGAAGGCAACAACAGCCCGGGCUGCGCACGGCCGCAGCUUCCCGCUCCAAGAGGAUGUGGAAUGUUUACUUUUCUCUCAUCCGUUACUGCUGCUGUCAGUGGACUCCUGGUGGGUUAUGAACUUGGGCUCAUCUCUGGGGCCCUUCUGCAGUUAAGUGGCUUAUUAGCCUUGUCUUGCCGACAGCAGGAAAUGGUUGUGAGCUCCCUACUCAUUGGGGCCUUACUGGCAUCUCUCACAGGAGGAUUCCUGAUAGACAGAUAUGGGAGAAGAACUGCUAUCAUUUUGUCCUCCUGCUUACUUGGGCUUGGCAGCUUGGUCUUGAUCCUGACUUUAUCCUAUCCAGUUCUUAUUGUAGGACGAAUUGCUAUAGGAGUUUCCAUAUCUCUGUCUUCCAUUGCCACAUGUGUAUAUAUUGCAGAAAUUGCUCCACAGCACAGAAGAGGCCUUCUUGUAUCAUUGAAUGAACUUAUGAUUGUAAUUGGCAUUCUCCUUGCCUAUAUUUCAAAUUAUGCAUUUGCCAGUGUUUUCCAUGGUUGGAAGUACAUGUUUGGCCUUGUUAUUCCACUGGGAGUUUUGCAGGCCAUUGCAAUGUACUUUCUUCCACCUAGCCCUCGAUUCCUGGUGAUGAAAGGGUAUGAUGAAGCUGCUAGCAAAGUCCUAGGAAGAUUAAGAGGCAUCUCAGACACUACUGAAGAACUUACUGCAAUAAAAUCUUCCUUGAAAGAUGAACAUCAAUACAGUUUCUGGGAUCUUUUUCGGUCAAAGGACAACAUGAGGACCAGGAUACUGAUAGGACUCACAUUGGUAUUUUUUGUGCAAAUCACAGGACAGCCAAACAUUUUAUUUUAUGCAUCAACUGUCUUAAAAUCUGUUGGGUUUCAAAGCAAUGAGGCAGCCAGCCUUGCCUCAACUGGAGUUGGAGUUGUCAAAGUAAUCAGCACAGUUCCAGCCACCCUUUUUGUGGACCAGGUUGGGAGCAAGACCUUUCUGUGCCUUGGCAGUUCAGUGAUGGCGGCCUCCUUGGUAACUAUGGGUCUUGUAAAUCUUAAUAUCCAUAUCAAUUUCACUGGUAUCUGCAGAAGUCAUAGUCCUGUCAACCACUCACUAGAAGACUUGGCUUUUUAUGGACAAGGGGAUUUGCCAGCUAGCAACAACAGUCUCAAAGAACUAUUUGUGGAGAAGUCUCCAAACAGCAAGAACCCACUAAUGUCAAUCAGAAGUGACACUGAAAGGCAAAGGGAGUUGACCUGGGCAUCUGUGCCAAGUGUUGAAACUUCUAGACCAAGCCCAACCCAAUCCUACCAGGAAAUGGGCCCAGGUGACGUCCCAGAGUUUCUGAAGUGGCUCUCCUUGGUCAGCUUACUUUUUUAUGUUGCUGCUUUUUCCAUAGGUCUUGGACCAAUGCCCUGGUUGGUGCUGAGUGAAAUUUUUCCUGUUGGAAUUAGAGGAAGAGCAAUGGCUUUAACUUCUAGCAUGAACUGGGGCAUCAAUCUCCUUGUCUCCCUGACAUUUUUGACUGUAACUGAACUUAUUGGUCUGCCAUGGGUAUGCUUUAUUUACACAAUAAUGAGUCUAGCAGCACUGGUUUUUGUUGUUUUGUUUAUCCCGGAAACAAAGGGAUGCUCUUUGGAACAAAUAUCAAUGGAACUGGCAAAAUCGAACUAUGUGAAACACAACAUUUAUCUUAUGAGUCAUCAGAGAGAGAAGUUAGUGCCAACGGAGCUUCAAAAAACAAAACACCAAGAGCAAUUCUUAGAGUGCAAAAAGUUGUGUGGUAAAGAGCAAUCAAGGCAUCUCUUUCAGGAGCACUGAUGCCACACAAACACCAAUGAUAAUGAUUUGGUGUAAGGACACCGUACAGUGUCUUUGUAAUUUUAUACACUUGGUAUUUUUUUUUAAACUUUAGUGUCUGAAGCUAAACUUUUAAGGCAUUUCCUUAUCUGGUCACAAGUGACUUAAAAAUCAGCUCUUCAUUUUAAAGUCAAACUAGGGUAGAGGAAACAGACAUCUCCAAUCAACUUGCCAUUCCCUAGGAACCAAUUAAGAACUGGCCAGAGAAAAUAUGAUUAUUGCUUUUCACUGUUCUUACUGAGCAAUUUAAGAAAGAACAGGCCCCUUCAGCAGUCAAUCACAUGACCAGUUUGUUCCCUAGAUAUAUCUUAUCCAAAAAAAAAAGGAAAUGACAAUUUUAUUUUCAGAGGUAUAAGGGACAGAUUUCUAAAUAUAACUUUACCACUAUAGGAAUCUGGUUUGCAGAGUGGAUUUUUUUUCUUUUGGUAAGAGAAGGCAGUAAAUUCUAUGAGUACAGCUCAUCUUUUUUAGUCUAGAAAGGGUUAGGUUGAUGGGUAGGUUUUCAAUUGGUUGUACUUGACCUGUAUCUAAUUAAGAAUAGUAAAGGUUUCUAUAGCUCAUGUUAAAAUUCAUGUAGUAAUUUUAAAGCUAAGUAUCUUACAAAUGGGCUUCCUGAACCUAUGUGAAUAUAGUCUACAUCCCAGUGCUCAUGCAAAUAAUCAGUUAUGAAGUAGUACAGAACGAUGAAUUUUUUAAACAUUUUUCCGUAUUACCAAAGUGAGAUGCCAAGAGAAUUUGGAAAUAUGGGACCAUAUAUAUUUAAUUACAACUCUUAGUGAAAAAUUCUGAAGUCAUGAAAUCCAGAGGUUAGAUCUAUAUCUAAUCAGUUACAUUUAUUUCAUUGCCUUAAAGUAAGCUUUCAAAACUUUCUCCUAUUGAGGCUUUCAAAGCUGAAGUGCCUAAUACCUGCAACUUCUUUGCAGUCCUCAGGAGUUUCACUACCUCAGGCUACAACCAAUUAGCCAUUUCCAGAGUUAACCUUCAAGCUGCUGCAAAUUGUGUCACGUUAUGGAUGUGUAACAUUAAAGAUUAGGUCACCUAAUGCACAUGUUUCACUUGUACGAAGCUCAUUAGAAGUGAACGAGUCAUAUAUGCUUCUAUCUAAAUGCAUAACUUAUCCAACCAGGAAUUGCUUUCUGUGCGAAAUUUCUGUAUAUUUUCUCCAAAUUAAAGGCUUGGGCAAGUUUGAAAGCAAGUAAAAAAGUCACAACCAAUAAAGAUUCAUGAUACUGUACAAACUGUAGAGGAUGUAUCAAAACUUCAAAUCAACCCCCCCCCCAAAAAACAAAAUCAGGCUAUAUUGUAUAAAAAACCCUUACCUUCUAUCUUAGUUUCAAUUCUAAACAGAAGAGAGUAACAAAGGCUAAGCAUAGGGAUUAAGUGACUCGCCCUCCCAACUCCAUGCCUGGUGCUCUAUCUACUUUGCUACCUAGCUGCUGCAAUACAUUUCUUUCUUUCUUUCUUAGUCUCUUUCUCUCUCUUUUUCUUUCUCUCUCUCUCUCUCUUUCUCCCUCCCUCCCUCCUCCUCCUUCUUCUUUUAAAUGAGUCUUAGAACAGUAGAGGACCCUCUAUUUUGGAAUUUAACAAACCCUUAAAUUUCUCAUACGUCUUUAUAUCAAAUUAAUAUUGUUCGGUUGUUUUAGCUAUGUCCAACUCUUUGUAACUCCAUUUGGGAUUUUCUUGACAAAGGUACUUGGAAUGGUUUGCUAUUUUCUUCUCCAGCUCAUUUUACAGAGGAGAAGCUAAAGCAAAGUUAAGUGAUCCUACAAGUCAGUGGCCAGAUUUGAACCCAGGAAGAUAAGUCUUUCUGACUUAAGCCUCAAUACUCUAUCCACCAUGUCACCUAGCUGCCCCAUAUCAAAUUGGGGAAGAUAGAAAUCUAGGAUAGCAACAAUAGCUUUAAUAUCAGAGAAAUGCUUCAGAUAAAAAAUACAAUGUAAGAAAUAAUUCUACCUAGAGAAUGGCUCGUAAGGGCCACUACUGAGAUUUCCUGGGAAAGGACAAGAGAAAAAUGGAUAGUAAGAGGUUUAAGAAGGAUGCUCUGUGUUAAAAGUGUAGUAAUUUCACAUGCAGGUUUUAGUUUUAAAGAAUGGUCAUUUUAAGAAUAAGUAUAUGGCAAUCUUGUAGUCUUUCUAUCAUAGCUUCAGUACAGAUGGGAAACAGAAUUUUUUGUCAGAAACUGUCUUUAAAAAAAAAAAAAGAGCUUUAGGGAUUCCCUCAAAUGCCUUUGUUGAAGUUCAAACAGUCCACUCCAUAAAACCUUGAAUACUUUAAGUUCAACAAAUGCUUGAAAACUUACUUGGUUACUGCUGAUGAAAACAGUAUAAACAGACAAACAAAAACCCCCAAAAAUCCCCAAUAAUUCUAAUUUCCAAUUAAAUGUUUACUUAUUUUCACUAACAUCAGAGUUCUUUGAUUUUCCAAAAAUAGGAAGAGUUGUAGAUAAGAGUUAUAUUUUUAUUACUCUUUCCCCAGUAUAAUUAUGUGUGUGACAGAUGUUUUACAACCAAUUAUCUCUUACUAUAUAUCCACUUGUUGCUCUUAUCCUACUGGGUUGUAAUCUACUACUACCUGCUAAUACUGAUUCAACUAUUUAGAAACAAUCUCUGUUCUCUCAGCACCACCCCCUCCCAUAUUUUGAAACCAAACACACUAUUUGAGAAAAUGCUGAACCAGCUGAUUUAUCUGUUGCUGAAAAUCUUAAAACUGUUUGGUCUACUCUUUGGAGUUAGUCAUGUUCAAUUUUUCCUUUUUUCUCAUUUUUAUAUAGUUUUAAAAAAUGUCACUGUUCCAUAUGCACUUCUUUCCUUAAUUCUCCCUUGUUUAUUAACAUCUUAGGAUUGGAAGUUCAUUAAAACCAAGUAUAUAUGCUCAAACUGAUUAACAAUACAGUAUCUGUAGUUUUUGUUCAUCCAUUUUGAUUCUUUACAUCUCAUGAAAUUAAAUGACCUACUGAAUUUUAAAAUGAAUUAAAUAUAGCAAAAAAACUAUUAAUGAGAACAUUAAAAUAACCUACAAAUUCAAAAUCAUGGUCAAAGCCAGGCUUAUUACCCAAGAGAAACCUCCACAAGAAAGAAUUUUAUUUUGAAAUUAUUAGCCUUUUCACUUCUUUUAGGGCAACGAGAUGGAGAGUGGGAAAGAACAGGGGAAAAAAAGGGCACAAAGAACAUAUAACAUUUGUACAAAAUUGUACAAUUCAUCCUAAUUGAGCAUUCUAUAAUAUACAGGAAAAGUUACUUAAUGGAGCUCACAUCAUUUUUGAUCCAUUCCGAUUUUAAUGGAAUCUUCUGUUCUCUAUUGUUUCCACUGAUAUGCAGAAACUCAGUUUUAUUUUUCAGUAUUAAAACAUUGUUAACUGUGUUAAAUUCAAGUCAUAGGGCAUUCCUGUAGCACAAUUACCAUUCUGAUGCUCAGGAACGAGCCAAAGAGGAUGCUGGCUCAUAAAGUUAUUUAGUAUCAUUUUCAUUUACUGUACUAAACAAUUCCCUAUUUUUUUAGCUCCAUUAAAUAAGACAAAACUAGAGAGAAAGGACAUGUCUCACACAAAAUGGCUUUCAAGUCCAAAGUGAGCUUCCUUCUAAAAUAUACAAUAGUUUAGGCAUGGCACAGCCUGGGGCACUUCUUGUCAUAAAUGCACAACUUUAUCAAACUGUCAAGAAUAGCGGGAGCCUGUACAGGACAGGCUUACAUUGAGAACCUCGAUCACUUUCCUUCAGCUGUAACUGAAGUUUUUUCAAAGUAAUAAAGGUAACUGAGAUGCAGCCCAAAAGGGCGGCUUUUUCACAUCCAAUCUGUGGGUAAAAAGAGUUUCUUUAUUAAACUAAUUUUUGAACUCUCAAAAGAUAUUUAACACUAUCAUAUUAAGUUAGCAAUGUAAGACAUUAUGUUGCAUCUAUAAAGUUCUACUCUUAUUCCCUAUAGUUUAUAUACAUUUUUAUUUCUAAUUUGCAAGAAAAACUGACAUUUGGUAACACAGCAUUAAGAACAUACUGUACACAUGUAGCAUAUAUACAAAAUACACUUCAAAUGGAAGCCAAAAAACACUUCAGCAAAAGACUUAAGUUUGCAUAGUUUAAAAAAAUGAAUUCUGAGUAAUACAAUUACAGUUAAAAUAGAAAAUGGGGAAGAAAAAUAAUAGAAUAGGUAUGAAGAGAGAUCUUUUCCAAACUUUUAUUUGUGCACACAUUCAUCAAUUGAAAAAAGAUAACUUUUACAGCUUCUUUGGUGCCCAUGUUCAGCAUACAAAAAUGUAAAAGACUAUUCACAAAUAAAACACAUUAGCUCAAACUGAAAAACAACCAAAAAAAACCCAAAAACCCAACCAAAAUAUGUCUUAAAGGUAGUGCACACUGUGACAGCUCUGCUUAUGACACGAGAAUUACUGCGAAAAUAAAUAGAAUGUCCUUUUGUAAAAGCAGCAAUUUCAUGUCUUGUAAACUUUUUACAUUACAGCACUGUUCAAAAUAAAAUCCAAAGGGACUGGAGCUUACACUGUGGCCAUGAACAAAUAAAAGAGUCUAUUUCCUCA